AUUUUGAUACAUAUUUGACAACCCUAACAAAAACUCGCAUAAAUUCGUAAUAAAACAAUUUAAAAUGCUUAAAACUGUCUUGCAACAAGUGGAUACUGUAUAUAGACCCUAAAGCCAACGCGUUAAUUGUGCUACAAAUCUGCUGUUCAGUAGAUCACAUUAAAAGAUUUACACUCAAAACUAAUUGAGAAUCGUUGAGUAUAAAUGUUUUGGCCUUAUUGAAUCCCUGGAAGAAACAACUGAACAGCAUCGUCUAUGAAUCCGACCGAGCUGCAUAUGAUGUGGAUGAGUAGUCAGUAUAAUGCCGCUAAUAUGACAUUGGAAGAUGCGACAGCACUAUUGAAUCAUCCCACUGUUGGACUGCUGGAGGAGAUGUCUGGCCAUCAUCAUCAGCCCACUUUGGAAAUGAAUCCCAUGAUGGGCCUGGUUGGGGGUGAUUUCAAUGGUCAUACAGCCACACUGAGUGGCACCCUACCGCCUGGCACUCUGAUAGCCACCAAUACCAACAAUCUGUAUAGCUUCGCCCACUUGGGUGGCCUGCAGCAUCAGUUGCUCCAACAGUCGGCGGCAGUGGCCGCCUUUCAGAACUAUACCGAAGUGAUGGACGCUGAUGGUGUGACGGUUGGCAUGACCACAGAUCCACAUGGCGAGCUCAUGGCUGGAGUUGGUGGUGGCGGUGGCGGUGUGGGUGGUGAUGCGUGCGAUGAUGAGGAUCAGGUGUAUGGCCACCAGAUAGAUGAUGGCUUUGAUGAUGGUGGCGCUGGCCUGGAGCCCAAGCAAGAGAUAAUCAACAUCGAUGACUUUGUGAUGAUGAAUGAGGACAAUAACUCGUACGAUGGCACCGAUUUUAUGAACUCCUCGGACAAGGAUAUCUCCCAGUCCUCCUCCUCAUGCAUGGCACAUAUGCAAGGCGGCGGCGGCGGCGGUGGUGGCCUGGGUGUGGCUGGACCAGAGCACGACCUCCUAGUGCCUCUCGGUGAUGGCCUGAUGCAUCAUAAGCUGCUUGGAGCCACACUGACCCCAGCCAUGCCGCUCAGUGUAGGUCCUGGCAAUGUUUUUGGCAACAUAAUGGUCAGCGCUGCCGAGCCACCCAGCAGCAAACAGAUGAAGGGCUACAGAGGUGGCAACAGCACAAGCAGCGCCACUGUCACCACUGUGGCUUCGUCGGCCGCCGUGAUGCGGGCCCAGCGAAAGACGCGCAAAAUCGAGCCUGUGAACAGGCCAGGACUUGUCCUGAAGACACCAAUUGCCUACAAGGGCAACAUAGACCCAUCGGUGAUACCAAUACAGAAAGAUGGCAUGGCUGUCUGCGAACGUUGCGGAGCCAUUGGUGUAAAGCACACAUUCUAUACAAAAUCUCGACGCUUUUGCAGCAUGGCCUGUGCCCGUGGCGAGCUCUACUCAUUGGUACUUAACAAUAAAAUGGAGACAACAGGAACGGGAGCCAACGCGGCACACAACAGCAACCAGUCGUCGAGCAGUUCCCCUUUGCCAGCAGCAUCUGGCACUAGUCUGGAUGUCACCGAAGAUGUCCUACUGUCCGCGGAUCAGCAGCAGUCGGACAUUGAGCUGGACCUGCAGGCGGCACACAUAAAGAAUGCAAAUUAUCGCUUCCGCAUAACCGAUCAAUCAAAGAUCACACAAUUGAAUAGUUUCGGCGAGCCCAUGGCUUUGGGCGGCGAUGCUGCUGCCCAUAAUGUACAGAUGGCCGCCGAUGAGACCAUUGCGGCCUUGAAUGGCGCCGCUGUGGGCGAUGCAGCGGCCCCGGGUGGCGAGGCGAAUGGCAGCAGCAACGACACAAACACAGCCAGCAAUGCAUAUUUGAGUGCAGCGCCCACGCCGAAAGCUUUGCGUUUGUUCAAGGAUGUCUAUCCGCAGGAUGAUCUGCCACAGAUACCCAAAUAUGAACGUCUGCCGGCGCCGUGUCCACAAAUGGAGAAGAUCCUCAGCAUCAGGCGGAGAAUGUACGAUCCGACACACUCGUACGACUGGCUGCCGCGCCUAAACAAGGAGAACUUCAAUGCGGCGCCUGUGACCUUUCCCCAUGCACCCGGCUGUGAGGUGUGGGAUAAUCUCGGUGUGGGCAUGAAGGUGGAGGUGGAGAACACAGAUUGCGAUAACAUAGAGAUCAUCCAGCCAGGACAGACGCCCACAUCCUUUUGGGUGGCCACCAUCCUAGAGAUCAAGGGCUACAAAGCCCUCAUGAGCUACGAGGGCUUCGAUACGGACUCCCAUGACUUUUGGGUGAAUCUCUGCAAUGCCGAGGUCCAUUCGGUGGGCUGGUGUGCCACACGUGGCAAGCCCCUGAUACCCCCACGCACCAUCGAGCACAAAUACAAGGAUUGGAAGGAUUUCCUCGUGGGUCGGCUCUCCGGGGCCCGUACGCUGCCUUCGAAUUUCUACAACAAAAUCAACGACAGCCUUCAGUCGCGCUUUCGCCUGGGCCUGAAUCUCGAAUGCGUUGACAAGGAUCGCAUUUCCCAGGUGCGCCUGGCCACGGUCACCAAGAUAGUGGGUAAACGUUUGUUCCUGCGCUAUUUCGAUACGGAUGAUGGCUUCUGGUGUCACGAGGACUCACCCAUUAUACACCCAGUGGGCUGGGCCACCACGGUGGGUCAUAAUUUGGCCGCACCUCAGGACUAUCUGGAGAGGAUGUUGGCCGGUCGCGAGGCCAUGAUUGAGGUGCACGAAGACGAUGCAACCAUCGAGCUAUUUAAAAUGAAUUUCACCUUCGAUGAGUACUUUCUGGAUGGCAAAACCAAUGGUUUUAUCGAGGGCAUGAAGCUAGAGGCAGUGGAUCCUCUAAAUCUUUCCUCCAUUUGCCCGGCCACAGUGAUGGCUGUGCUGAAAUUUGGCUACAUGAUGAUACGCAUUGACUCGUAUCAGCCGGAUGAAUCAGGGUCGGAUUGGUUCUGCUACCAUGAGAAAUCUCCAUGCAUUUUUCCUGCCGGUUUCUGCAGUGCUAACAACAUUCAAGUGACCCCGCCAAAUGGCUACGAUUCGCGCACCUUUACCUGGGAGACCUAUCUGCGAAAUACUGGGGCCGUGGCCGCCAAUCAGCAUUUGUUCCAUCGUGUGGUGCCCGAGCACGGCUUUGAGACGGGCAUGAGCUUGGAGUGUGCCGAUCUGAUGGAUCCUCGACUCGUCUGCGUAGCCACAGUGGCUAGGGUGGUGGGACGCCUGCUGAAGGUACAUUUCGAUGGCUGGACGGAUGAGUAUGAUCAGUGGCUGGACUGUGAGUCGGCUGAUAUCUAUCCAGUGGGUUGGUGUAUUCUCGUGGGCCAUAAGCUGGAGGGACCGCCACGAGUGUCCUAUCAGCAGGUGGCUAAGCCGGCGCCCAAGCCCAAGGUGGCAAGGAAAAAGAAGACCAAGAAAGGCGCAGCACCAGCCGGCGAAGGAAGAGGGACAACCAAGCAACAAAAUGACAACAAUACGCAGACGGUUAAACCGCGAACCAUUGCCUUGAAGACCACACCGCAUUUGCCCAAGCUGAGCAUUAAGCUGGAACUAAAGCCAGAGCAUCAUAAUGCCGCCUUCUAUGAGAACAAUCAGCCCGAGGAUGGGGAUGCAGAUGAGGAGGAACCCGAUCCAGAUGCCGAUGCCGAACUAGAUGGAGAUGCAGAUGGUGAUGGCGAUUUCGAUGGUAGCACCAGUCACAUAUCUGAGCAAUCAACCACACACUCCUCCAGUGAUCAGAUACUUGGAAGUGGGAGCGGCGGCGGUGGUUCCAUCUCAACAUCGGUUGUAACUGCUGCCGCGGGCGGGGGCGGCAGCAGCAACAGUAACAAAAUGGUAAAGAAAUCUUCCACUACUAAAUCACCGGCGCCACCAACUGUGGGCCGCAAAGCCACUAGCUACAUUGCGAACUCGUGCGCGACUAACAGCAAGUACAUUCCACGUCUGGCCGACAUUGAUGCGAGUGAGGCGGCCCAUUUGGAGCUACAGCCGGACUCCUGGAACGUGUACGAUGUGUCGCAAUUUCUGCGUGUCAACGAUUGCACCGCCCACUGUGACACGUUCAGUCGCAGCAAGAUCGAUGGCAAGCGUUUAUUGCAAUUGACAAAGGAUGAUAUAAUGCCACUGUUGGGCAUGAAGGUGGGACCAGCGUUGAAAAUCUCCGAUCUGAUUACACAGCUCAAGUGUAAGGUGAAUCCGGGUAGGGCCAGAUCCCACAAGGCCAAUAAAUCCUCGUACUUAUAGUGCGGGGUUGAUGUUUGGAUUUGGACUUUCAUAGAUAUUUCAUAUUUUUUUUUAAAUCGAUACGAAAUUUAUCACCGAUACACACACACACACACACACUUAUAUUUAUAGAAAUAUAUAUAAAACAUACUGAAGUAUUUGUUAGCCCUUGAAAAACGUUGUCUAAACCACAAACAAUUGUAUAACUUUAUGCCAGUCUCAUACACAUUAGCUCGCGUUAUUUUAUAAAUCGAUUUAAAUCGUGUCAUAGUCCGUACGUAGUAGCGCUACAGAUAGACGUACGCUCUUGUUACAACACUCAGAGUUUCUUUAUCACAAACAAAUUGUACAGGAGAUCAUCAAACUUAUGGGGGAGUGGGGAUAACAAAACAUUUUUCUAAAAGUCAUAGUUUUUUUGUAUACAUAAUCAAAGUUAAAGCAAUAUGCAAUAUAAUGCAGUAUAUUGUUAUAUUUGUAAAUAGGUUACAUUGUUGACCAAGCAAAAAGUCCUGUCCUCCAUGGUACCCCCACCCCCCCUAUAAACUAUCCACACAAUUUAAUAUUUGAAACCAGGAAAUCCAUGCAGCAUCUCGUCAUGUUAGUCGGGAUCCGCGGUCUGCUGCUCCUAGUCCGUAAGAAUCAAAGAGAGAUAUCACACAGCGCCUACAGCCCGCGCGCGCUCUCUUGCUCCAAUUUGUUUGCUCUUUUCCGUAGAGAGUAUUAAAUGGUAUACACAUACUUUUAAGGAAAGGCAACCCAAACCCCUUAAAUAUUAGUUCAUCUAAGGUAUCUAGAUAGCAUUAAGGUACCAGCUAAUGUCGAAAAUACUUAAUAAAACCGAAUUCGAAAUUGCAAGUAUUGAAA